AUGGCGGGUACAAGGGGUAGAGGCCGCCCCGCCGCCGGUGCGCGCCGCACAACACGCUCUCAGGCGCAGGCGACUCCAUCAUCGUCCGGCUCCGGAACGAAAGCGGUGCCCAAAGAGUACCGUCAAUUGCUUCGAGAAGCCGGCGUGAAUGCGCCCCGACCCACGACUGAAGAUGGCGAACCGCCGCCCAAGAGAUUGCGCAGGCCGGGACAGGGCCAAAGAUUGCCCAGACCGCCAGCCAACGAGACACCGAUCGCGAAAGCCGUGCCUGCAACUGCCUCCAAGUCAAGCACUAGCGCGCAGAUUAAUUUGCGCCAGGAUUCCGAACCAUCCGAUGAGGAGCUUGAGUUCGAGGAUGUCGCCUUGCCGGAGCCAACAAUACAGACUACAUACCUGGACUCGGAGGAGGACCAGUCAGACAGUGAUAAUGAACUUGGUGAUGUCGACUUUGGUGCUCUUCCCGGUGAUGACGAUCCGGUUACUGGAAAUGAUGGUGUUCUUCGGCUGGAGAUUUCAACUCAGCCAUCUCCAUCCGCGAGUAAGAGGGGCAUUGUUAAGCGCAAGCCGAUCAGCAAAGCAGAGCGAGAAAGGAGAAUUGAGAUACACAAGAUGCAUAUAUGCUGUCUACUUGUGCAUGCAGCACGCAGGAACCGCUGGUGCAAUGAUUCGGAGGUUCAGGCCCUAGUGCGCCCUCUUCUGUCAGACAAGAUAAUGGACCUGUUAAAUCCGCGAAAGAAUCUGACCCAAUUCGGGCGUUCCGAAUCCCUGAAAGACGGGAUACAGCAAGCCCGUACUCUUUUCAAUUCUGCAUUCAAAGUGACGGAGCGGGGUCUUAGGCGGGCUUUGUGGGCUGAGGAGCCUUCACAGCUUGCAGACUACCAACUCCCAGAUGACUUGGAUUCUGCACUAGACAAGAAAGAGUUUCGCAAAUCUGCAAAAUACCUAGACGGUUCUAGAGAUGUUGGGGCACAACUAUUCUGCGCACUCUUACGAUCUGCUGGCGUCCAGGCUCGCUUGGUGUGUUCUUUGCAACCACUCUCGUUUGUUUCUGGAGCCCCGAAUUUGCCAAAACCACGACCAAAGAAAAAUCCCAAGUCACAGAAACCCCGUCCCAUGGCCGAUUAUGAUUCUAUGGUAUACAAUCCCCCAUCUGCACCAGGCCCGAGCUUCUCCGCAGCCCGUCGGCUUGGCCACCCAAACGCAGCCGACUAUAUUCCACCUCCUAUGCAGCCAAAAGCCACUAGUGCCGCUGCUACAGACGUGCAAUCUCAUAAACCUAUCAAGGGUGAAUCGCCGUUUCCGGUCUACUGGGUUGAGGUACUAGACGAAGCCCAUCAAAAAUGGCAACCUGUCGAUCCCCUGGUUACUUGUUCACAGUGGAAGCCAGAAAAGCUGGAGCCUCCUUUGGCCGACAAAUUGAACUGCCUCACAUAUGCCAUCGCAUUUUCCUCGGAUGGUGUUGGACGGGACGUGACGCGGCGGUACGCCAAGGCCUACACCUCCAAGACGCGAAAGAUGCGCGUCGACAAUCCUCAGGCGUCAUUGACAAACCCCGCCGCUCUGAAUGGUGAGGAGUGGUACGAGAAGGCCAUGGGCUUUUUUCGCAGGCCCUACGGGAUUGUGAACGACCUGGACCGCAUCGAAGAGGCCGAGCUCAACGCCACUGCAUCCCGCGAGCCAAUGCCUCGCAACGUGGCCGACUUUAAAGACCACCCGGUGUUUGCUUUGCAACGCCAUCUACGACGAAACGAGGUUCUAGUGCCUGAUGCCAAGUCUUCGGGCACAGUUGCAGCUGGAAAGGGCCAAGUCGAACGUAUCUAUCGGCGACGAGACGUGCGAAUCGCUUGGUCUGCUGACAAGUGGUACCGACUGGGUCGGGUGGUCAAACUGGGCGAAGAGCCUAUCAAGUACCUGCCCAAGCGCCCCAGGCCAGCCGGAAGAGGUCGAGUAGGCAGGUUUUAUAGCGAUGAGGAGGAGGAGGAGGAUCCUGUCUUGGGCACAGGCGGCAGUGCUGCAGGCACGCCAAUAUUCUCACAGGACCAAACAGAACUGUUCGUUCCAGAUCCAGUCCGUAAGGGCAAGGUGCCUCGCAACAAAUUCGGAAACGUGGAUGUCUUCGUCCCCAGCAUGGUGCCGCGUGGAGGUGUUCAUAUCAAGAACGACCUGGCUGCGAGGGCCGCCUACAUCCUCGGCGUCGAUUACGCUCCUGCACUCACGGGAUUUGAGUUCAAGGGCAGGCAGGGCACGGCUGUGCUGAAGGGUGCAGUGGUGCCCAUUGAGAGCGAAGAGGCCAUCAUGGCAGUCAUCAAUGGGAUUGAAGAGAUGGAAGCCGACGCUGAGGAGGAGCGCAGACAGCGACGUCUGUUGCGGAUGUGGAGUAAAUUUCUCAAAGUCCUUCGCAUUGACGAACGGGUCUAUGCAGGCUUCGACCCAUCAAAGGCCUCGAACCAGACUAUGAUGGCCCCCAAGAACAAAGGAAAGCAGGCGGAAGAAUCCCAGCCCGAGGCUGCUAUUGGCCACGAUGGGUCGCAUAUGAUGACAAAGGAAAACGAUGAAGACAGUGAUGAAGUCGGCGGCGGAUUUAUGCCCUCAGCCAACGACGAUGACGAAGAUAUGGGAGGUGGUUUCUUGGUCGACUAA